AUGACGUCACGGGACCAGGGUUUGGGGUUGUAUGCCUCCGAUCGCACAGUCUCCCGCUGUCACCUCUCCCUCCGAAACCUCGGUGAUGACGGAUCUAGGGUUUCAUUCCGUGUAAUUGGUAGGAACCCUGUCUGGGUUUGUGCCAGAGAUGAUGGGGAUAAAGCCCUAUUUCGAAAUUCGGAGACGGGGGAGCUGAGAGCCGGGGAUUGCUUCUCUUUAUCUCUCAAAAAUCCGAAGUUUAUCUUUGUUAGGACGAGGGAAGGAGGGGAGGAGGUAGAGGAACGGAAGAGGGUUUUGGAUGCGGUGAAGAGGAGGGAGAGGAGGACGAGAGAGAGGAAGGAGAGGGGGAGGGUUGAAGUCUCUGCAGUCAUUGAUGAGUUAGAAUCGGAGCUUGGGUUGUUGGAUGUCUCGCUCAUCGAUGCUGUCAAAGAGUUCGGGUUCUUGGUGAAGGGGCGUGAAUUUGAUGGUUAUCCGAGACAAAAGAUUCGACCUUUCAAAGAUUGGAACUUUUUUCUCGAGGAAAAAAGGGUUGGUAGUGACGAUGAUGAUGAUGAGGCGGAGGAGGAGGGAGAGGGAGCAGUUGGUGAAGGAGUUUCGAAAGGGGAGAAGGAUGGGAGGACAAAGAAGAGGAAAGGCAAGAAGAAAGAAAAUGAAGAUGAUAAUUGGACUGGGGAGAGUGAGGAUGAGAAGGAAACGGUGGCCAAAUUGAGGAGUGGAAAGCGACAGAGGUAUUCUACUAGGUCGAAAGACCGAAAGAUAUCACAAGGAAAUGAGUUAGAUACUAGGCCAAAGUCUAAUAAAGUUCAUAUAGCUGAGAAGGAUGAUGAUGAAGAUGAGACUUUGGGAGGUUUCAUUGCAGAUGAUGAAGAAGAAGUAGUUGUCACAGAGGAUGAGGAGGAAGAAGAGUUUGAUGACAAUGAAGAUGAUUGACAAAGUUGGAAAUUCAUCACUCUAUCUAAAAUUUGAAGUUUGCUUCAAGAUUAUCUCGAAUAUCCCAUCUUUUCACAAAUGGCAAGCGUUCAAUUAUCUGAGAAGGCUGAAUAGUUAUUUGCUGUUCAAUCAACGCAUUUAUCUGGAUGUAAACACAAGGCAAUGUAAUUUGGAUAUCUUGGUUGGCAAUCCUUUUCUGACAACCAACAAAGAUGGAAUUUGAGACAAGCAUUCAACUUUAUCACUCUUUUCUGAAAUAGGCAAGAUGAGGUAAAAGCAGUCUUGGUGAUUUUGUAUGCAGCACUACACCAGAAAUUUUAAGGAAGCUGUUGCUGCUGCAGAAGACACCUUACUAGUGUGUGUGUGGUCAACCAGACAAUACAAGCUCAGAGAAACAAAUCUAGGUACCUUAAUUAUUCUUCUCAAGAAAACUUUCUUAAAUUGAUUGUCUAUGUUGUUGCCAAUCCAAUGACCUUCUUUGACCACUGUUGUCCUUAAAGAAAUAAGGUGUGGCCACUGGGUGUGAGAAUGGGCAGUGAAUGAGACAACUUCAUGAAAACAUUAAUUGAGCCAUGAUAUCUACUUUGGAUUGUUAUUUGUCACA